AUGGAGACGUCAGGCUGGGCGAAAGAGCCGGAUAGUCGUGGCACCUUUUCCCUGGUUCUAUCGUGCGUCUUGACCUUGACGCUCUGUGUUUGGUCGGCGCUUCAUUUGAACGUCCCGCCUGCGGGUCAUACUUUCCGUUCCCGUGCCCUCGUCAAGGCCAAAUGGAUCGUCUAUGGCAUCUUCGCCCCGGAACUCGUCGUAGCCACCGCCGCUGCUCAAUAUAUCUCCGCCCGGUGGCUCAAGGUCGAAAUCGAAAAGGAUGCCCAGCUUCGAUCAGGGAGCCCUCACCUUCUCCCGGAUGGAACGGAGUGCACCUCGCAUACGUGGAACAUGACCCAGUGUUUUUAUGCGGCGAUGGGAGGAAUCAUUGCUACUAUUCCGGUGGGGGAUGACCAGAUGGAGACCCUGCGAGUUACCCUAACGGUCGAGGCGGUGCGACUGCUGUCUUUUUAUGGUAGACUUCCACCAGUUUUGAACAGCCAGGUGCAGGAUAAGAGCAAAGCGGAUUGGCUCACGAAAUCCAUCGUGUGCGUCCAGGCCAGCUGGAUGAUCGCCCAAGUGAUCGGACGACUAGCGGACCAUUUACCGGUCUCGUUGUUGGAAAUCAAUACCUGCGGCCACGUGUUAUGCGCGUUCAUUUUAUUCUGUCUUUGGUGGCAUAAGCCUCUGGACGUGGAAGCCCCGGUCGUGCUCGAAUCGGACCCAUCCCUCGAUGAGACCCUCGCCCUAAUGUACAUGUGCUCGGCCCUCAGCGCGGACGACGCCAUUACGGAUUUCCGAUGUCUCAUCUACGUUGCUCCCGCAGAACAGUCGGAUGCACGGUCGGCAACAUCCCCGGCGGGGGAGCGGACGAUGUCGAGGGACGUUUCGCUUGCCCCCCUGAUGACGGAGUUAUCCAUUGGAUCCGCUGGUUCCCGAAAUCCCGGGCGGUUUCUCGGUUCGUUGAACGACCUUCGGCCGGGCUUAUCACGCCCCCCCUCUGGCGGACGGAGCCCUGGACGUCGUGCCAUGACUGCCCUUGAAUAUUCCAUCGAUGAGAACUCGACGGCCAUUGCCCCCGAGCAUCGGGUUUUCUUCGAGCCACCCUACAUCGGACUCUCCUUGCGACAUGGCGACCUGUACUGUCGACGAGCGUUUUCCGAUGCGAAGGUGGAGUCCGCCCAUGUACCGGUUUCGUUGCCCUAUCUCGAGCGAGCGUCCCGAGCCGCCGACCGACUAUGGAAACAGUGCAAAGCACGUCCAGACUACAAGAUUUAUUACUUCACCACUUCGACAUUAGGGACGUAUCUUGGUGAGACAGAGUACAUGGUCCUGCACGUUCUGAAUUUCCCGUCCAUGUCGAACCUCGGACUCGGUCAAGUGGACCUCCACCGGGACGCGCUACGAUCGGUCUUUGCAUUUUCGGCCGCGGCGUAUGGUGGGCUUCAUGCGUCUGCCUGGAACGAAUUCUUUCCCAGCACGGUGGAACGUCUGUUUUGGAUCUGCGCCUCUCUCACCAUGGCCAGCUCGGGUGCCCUCUUGUGGGCGUUCUGGAUGGCCCGCCAAACGUGGCCUGAGUUCGACCGGUUCGUUUCCGGCAUCACUCCCGGAGUCGUCAUCGGCAAUCGAAAAGAGCAGAAACCGUGGGUGACGUUUGCGAAACGAUGGGCGCUGUACUUGAUUUUGGGUCUCCUCGCUGUUGCCCGCGUCUUCAUCGUCAUUGAGGCAUUCGUCAGCCUUCGUGAGGUUCCCAAGGCGAUUUAUGAUACCCCUGAGUGGACGGAUUACUUGCCUCACUUGUGA